GGCGACUGGAGGAGGGCGUGCUCGGGGCAAGAUGCGCGCAGCGUGGGUGGGCUGCGGAGGAAAACCCCCGGUGGAGAUUCAGCAAAGCCGGGCUCGAGGAUCCAGCUACUCCCGCUGCGAAGAUCCAUCUUGGCAUCUCGAGAGACAUUAGCGAUGAGCUAAGGUCAUCAGCCCAAAGCUUCGCACUGCUCCAAUCCAUGCACCAGAGGCCUCUCCAUGUGGACAGAGGGAGGCUGUCCAUUUGGCAAGAUGGGCUUCUACAUCAGCUCCCUCUCCAGACCACCCUAUGGAAACAGGGUCCAAGUGGACACACGCCCACCUGUCAAGCGUUACCAGGCAGCGCCCAGCUACAACUAUCGGUGGACAGAACUGCACUACGAGGCUAGCCGUGGCAACACAGAAAAGCUGAGGCAACUCCUAGAAACCUCAGGCAAGGAGCUGGUGGACAGGAAAGAUUAUUAUGGCAAGACGCCGCUCUACUGGGCUGCCUACAAAGGACAGAGACGUUCGGUGGAGCUGUUGCUGGAACACGGGGCCAACGUCAAUACGUGCUGUAAACAUGGGGGGACCCCCCUCCAUGCUGCCAUUGGCCUCUUCCCCGACUGCACCCUGCUGCUGAUCCAGCAUGGUGCAGACGUGAACCUGCAGGAUAACUGGGGAGUGACCCCCAUGUACUUGGCUGCGUGCAGCGGACAGACGGAGUGCAUUCGGUUGCUGGUGCAAGCAGGUGCCUGCAUCUCCUACAGGAACAAGAGAACUGGAGCCCCUCCCAAGCGCCUUGUCUCACAGCCUGCCCUGAUCUCCUGGAUGGAGUCUUGCCGCCGGCAGCCGAGCUCCCUCAAGCAUCUCAGCCGCCUCUCCAUCCGGAUGGCUCUCGGCCACCGCAGGCUCCAUGCCAUCAGAGACUUUGACCUCCCUCCACCACUGAAGCAGUACCUGAUGUUUGAGGACCUGAUUUUGACGGACAAGCUGUAGCCAGGAGACCUCCGGAGUUGGCAGCUUCAUGGCCUGCUCCAAUUGCCAUUCUUCCUGUGGCACUGGAAUCAGAAGGAUAAGCUGCAGGAUGCUGAUUUCCCCCCCAAGCUCUGUGUUUCCACUUGGGAUCCCAGCACUUUGCCGCACAGAAGGGAGAACUGAGUUCCUCCAGCAGAAAAUGUAGGCUGUUGGUGUGUGUCGUAUUCUACUUCAUCAGCAACUGACUCUUCUUCGCUUUUGCCUGUCUCUUGGGCAUUGGACUCAAGAGAAACUUUGCUUGUCAGGCUGAGGGUCUGGAAUUCCCCAAGCAAGGCAGGCAGGUAUAAUAGCCAGCAUCCCAUACCUUAUGGCUUCCCCUCCCCUGACUGAGAUAUACUGCGUCUGAACGUGGAGGUUCAGUUUAGUCGUCAUCCUCUAGGGAAAUUUGCACACAGUUCAUUCCGACAGGAGCUUGUCCCUCAGGCUUUCUAGAAUGAGAUGAGGAUGGGGAUAUUCUCCUACUGGACAUUCUGUCAGCCUGUAGGGCGGUCCUGCCACCACCUUCCACCCCACUGCAGUUUUUCUCUGUGAAGAGGUCAGAUGCUUUCUUGUAGUGAUGGACCAACAAUCAGAGACCAUUCGGCUACUUUGUAGUUUCCCAAAGAUAAGAAAAAUGUGAAUAACACAGAAAGAACCAGUGUUGGCAAAGACAUGUCUUGUUCAUUCUCAGUGCAGGGAGAAUAAGAAGGGAGAUGGGAGGAGGGCGAGGCCAUAGGUCAGUGACAGAGCAUCUGCUUUGCAUGCAUCAGGUUCCAAAUUCAAUCCCUAGCACUCUUGUUAAAAGGAUCAAGCCCCCUGGGCAUGAGGCUUUGCGGUGCUUGUAUACUAAUGCCCAAAGUAUGGGGGAUGACAGAAAGAGCUUGAAUUUCGAGUAGGUCAUGUGAAAGACCUUGGCCUGAGACCUUGGAGAGCUGUUGCUGAUCAGAGUAGACAGUGGUGGCAGCUACAAGCAUACACAGCUUCAAGAGGGGCCUGGAUAAACAUCUGGAGCAGAGGUCCAUCAGUGGCUGUUAGUGACAAAGCAUAGAUGGAACACUGUCUGGGGCAGUGAUGCUUUGUAUUCUUGGUGCUUGCGGGCAACAGGGGGAGGGCUUUUGGAGUUUUGUCUCUGCUGGUGGACCUCCUGAUGGAUGUUGGGUUUUGGCCGCUGUGUGACACAGCAUUGGACUGGUUGGGCCAUUAGCCUGAUCCAAUAUGGCUUCUCUUCUGUUCUUAAGGCCAACUGUUUCUCUGUUCCCUGACAGCUUACUCACAAAAUAGAUUUCUCAGCUUCUUGGAAAGUUUCUCAGUGAGAAGCACAGUCCUUUAUUCCCAUAGUUAGAAAUACCAUUUUUUCUUGAUGUUUUCAAAGAAUGUGAAUUUAUCUUGUGUCUGUAUAAGCUUUUUUUUAAAAAAAAAAAAAAAGCGUGUAAAGUGGUAGUUUCAUCCCUGCCAGGUGGGUUAAUAGACCUAUUUUAUGGGUGGGUAAACUGAGGCUGAGAAGAGCGAUGGUGAUUGUGCAGGGUUUUAAAGCCAGCUUUUGUAUGUAACCGUGCCACUGUAUUUCCCCCGCAUUACCCUGGUCGGUAAAUGAACUUUUAGCCUCAA